AUGGAGUCGCUUCUGUGCCGUCUGCUGGCGGGUCUCCUGUUUCUAACGACCGGGACCCCCACCUGCUCGUCUGCUAACGUGAAAACGGACGAGACCCGCCUGAUUGAUAACAUAAUGCACAACUACAACCCCGCAGCCAGGCCCGUGUACAACGCCUCCCACACAGUCGUGGUCAAGUUCGGCAUAACCUUGACCCAAAUCUCAGACAUGGACGAGGUGAACCAGGUGCUGACAAUAAAUGUUUGGCUGGAGCAGGAGUGGACUGAUGAGCGCUUGACUUGGGACCCAGAAGACUACAAUAAUCUGAAGAUCCUGAGGAUUCCGUGUGAGAAGCUCUGGCUGCCUGACAUAGUACUAUACAACAGCGCUGACGACUACACCACCGGCUACAUGAACAGCAAGGCGAUGGUCAGCUACGACGGCAACGUCUUCUGGCCACCACCAGCCAAGUUCCGCAGCUCCUGCAAGAUCGACAUCACCUACUUCCCGUUUGAUGACCAAACCUGCGAGCUCAAAUUUGGUUCCUGGACCUACGAUGGGUUCCAGGUCAACAUCACCAACAGAACAUCGAAGGUGGACCUAGCGAACUACGUAUUCAGUGGCGAGUGGGAACUGAUCGACGUCCGGAUCCGCCGUACCGAGAUGAAGUACGCAUGUUGUAUAGAGCCGUACCCGGAUGUCCGGUUCACCAUCGUCAUACGACGCAAAACUCUCUAUUAUUUAUUCAACAUUAUAUUUCCUUGUCUAUGGCUUACAAUACUGAGUUUACUAGGAUUCUGGCUGCCCCCAGAUUCAGGGGAGAAAAUCACACUUGGGAUUACCGUUCUUUUGGCCUUUUCUGUCUUCAUGCUAUUGAUAGCAGAGAGUAUGCCGGCCACUUCAGAGUUCGUUCCCCUUAUUGGUAUUUACUUGACAGUGACGAUGGGAAUGACGUCACUAUCCAUCAUCCUGACAGUGUUUGUUCUACAGCUGCACCACGUCGGUCCACACAAAAGGCGAGUCCCGGGCUGGCUGCGGUCUCUCGUCUUCGGCGUCAUCGCCCGUCUCGUCUGCAUGUGCCAGGCGUCUCAGACGUUCAAAACGCAAGAACACGCAAAAAUCACCGCCAGCCACACGGUACAGAUCGUCGAGCCCUCUCACGAUGUUUCCGCUUCCGGCGGUGAGUCCAGCGUGUCGGAAAGACGUUCUUACCGCCCCGGUGGAGGUGGUGGUGGUGGUGGUGGUAUGUGCACAGCGCGGAACUGUAACGGCGAGGUGUUGCUCCAACGUAGCAGUGGUAACGGGGACAGGGUAGCCCCAACGAGUAGCGAACUCAACCUUCAAACUAUGGGGUACCAGCAAGCGCAGUGCUCGGAGUACGGGUUCCCUCAAGGAACUUACGAGAUGCCUUCAUCUUUCUCCAACAACUUCAGGUCCAGCUUAAGGUCGAGCUUCAGAAGAGACAAUCGCUUCCGCGGCUCGUUUAGAGCUGGGUUUCCUGUAUCUGUGAACUACAACAUCGACAACGGACAGUCCAUGUACCAAAACGACCAGGAGUUUGACAAAUACCAGGAGCUGGUGUCUGAGUGGCAGUUUGUAGCCCACGUCAUGGACAGGCUGCUGUUCUGGUUGUUUCUCUUUGUUGCUGUUGUUUCAUCCUUGGCGAUUCUUGUCAUCAAACCGCUAAUGAAACCCCCUGCUGUAUAGUUUCUUCCAGAAUGUUCCAUUCUACUUCACUGCAUUCUUACAUCUUUACGUUUGUGGUCUUUCAUUUUCUUCAUCUCAUAUUGUGUUUAUCGCGAAAUUCUAUUCACAUGUUGGUUUUAUUCACCUAAAACAGUGGCGCCUCUAGGUGGGGCGACGCCCUAAGUUGGGAUUACACCACCUAGUAACGCCACUUAGUGAAAUAUUAUUAUGUCGGAGUCUUUUAUUUUAGGAAUAAUACAAAGAAACGGAAUGUAUGUCCAAUUUUAUUUUAUGUAGUAAGUUAUUUGCGUUAAAUGAAAAUGUGCGUAUU